AUGGUAUCCUCCGACUCUAGCAAGCGCUGUGUCGAAUCUAUUGUAGUUCAGGAUGCUAUCACCAUGCGCCAUGAAAUUCUGCAGGCCUAUCGCACUCAUGUCAAAGAGACGAGAGCUCAAAAAAAGAGGCAGCACAAGCAGAUAAUCUUAGAAAAUGUACGAAAGCGCUCUUCUCGUCUUAUUAUAAAGCAUGAAGCCACUCGAAGCCAGCCUCACUACAACUUGCAACACUUGAGGACAAAAAGGAUCAAGGAAAGUCCGACUCGAAGGCAGCAACGUGGAAAUUACAUCAAGAAGCUUUUGACGGGCCAGUCCCAUUCGAGUCACCACCAGCGAUCUGAGGGUUGGGUGGCAAACGCGCUCAAUCGAGCGAUGCGAAAAUAUUAUCGGAUGCAUCAAUUGCUCGAACGGCAGGAUGAACACCAUUUCGCAUUACAAAGUAAACUCUUGUUUGACGAAUGUUGCCAGUGUCAACCAUUGAUACCUGGACCAGUGACCACUGAAAGUGGUGUUCUUCGUCUUGCAGGCCCCAAUCUUCCUAAAAUUAUGCGUAUUUUGAGAAAUGAAGCGAACGACGGGCUUGAUCUAUUGCAGCCGCACGGCUUAGCCAAAUAUACAGUCAUGCAUGCCGCCGCACAACGAGGGUACACGGAGCUAAUUGAAGAACUUUUAAUGCAUUGGAAUGAACACCCAAUGGACUCUCCAUAUCAAAAGUACAGCUUUAAGCAGUUGUGUCAUUUACUGGAACUCGUGGUAGAAAUGCGCAAAGCAGAAAAAUUAGUGAGCGAAUCGGACGCUAAUAUCCGUGCACUGGUAGCUGAGAUUGGAGUUUCGUUUGCUCAAUUUUCCGACUCGAUUGAUAAAUUGCACGAUGAGGUUAUCACUUUACAAGAUCUUCUUCAGAUUUGCGGUCACCCACUUGUUCUUUCAAAAGAUGCAGUAGGGAAUACUCCAUUGCAUUACGCUGCAGAAGGUGGACAUCUCACACUGUGUAAGCUAUUACUGGCGAACGGGGCUAACAUCAACUCUCAAAACAAAGCUGGAGAAACGCCCCUACAUUUUGCCAUAGCAAGUCAACGUCACGGUGUCUGUCUUCAUUUUGUUGAAAAUCAUGCUGAUGUGCGGAUAUCUCGAUAUGUAACAAUUACUACGACAAAUGGAACACUUUUGCGAGGAAACUUUGUGGAAUCCCCCUCCGGCAAUUCGAUGGCUCAUUUGCUACCGUCGCCAAAUUUUCGCGCAGGAACUACCGGCAAGACCCACCAAACAUUGCCCGGAGCUUGCGCUGCUGUAUCCCCCGAAGCUUCGGUUGAAAAUUCGAACACUCCGCACGAUGAUACAGAUCGCUGCAAGGUAUCGACGGUGGACACUUUGUUGAGAUCCCCUUUCUUGCGCACCAAAAGUCAUCGCGAUAUUGUGUUCUUUCGGUCGGCGCCAGGGCAUUCGAGUUUUUCGUCAAAUUCGCUAGGAAUUCUCGUUAUUUCGGAGCAUGUGGCUGAAUUUGAAAUAAAAUAUGCUAGAAAAAUGCACGAAAAGGGAAAAAUAUUUCACCUCUUGAUACAAAACGUUCCAGCAGCUGCCGUUCUGGCAAUGAACUCAUUUCGGACUCCACUAUUCCGGUGCAGUAUGCUGAAACAUGUACGUGAACGCAAUCAGCGCUGGACAGUUAGUAAUAAGCUCAAAACUCCACAGGAGAAGCGAGACGCUUUAAUUGAACAAAUGAAAGGUAAAAAAAGAGGGCGCUCGCCUAGGCGAACACGUAAAGAGGGUUUGCUCGCACAGAUUAUCGCCCGUUUGAGAAAAGUAUGGAAAGGGAUACGUCGCGUGAGAAAUGUACUUAGUGUUCAACACGUCUUCACUGUGACUGAAACUGAAGCUGGAUACAAGGGAGGAAUCGUUAGCGAGCCGAGAGGAAUAUUGUACGAAUAUGUUUACGAUCACGCCGAAUUUAGGGGUCACCAUUGUCCGACGUUCAAGAUGAUCAUUCAGACAGAGUGUAAGAAUCUGAUUUUUCACCCCUGGUUCCGGCAUUUGUUAGACCACAAAUGGGAGUCAUUCACGCGACAGACCUUUCGGUCUGAGUUCAAGUUGUAUUUCAUAUACUUUCUCGCGGUGUUCAUUGCUACGUACUUGCACGUUGGUGAUACGUAUGUUGGAAUGCCGAUUGGAGGUUACCGCAAUUGUAUCUUUACCAGACAGGUCGGUCACAUAGAAUAUAUUCGUGACUUGGCUCGAGCAAUUUACUUUGUAAUUAAUGCCAAAUACACUUUGCAAGAGUACCAAGCAUACCGAGAGUGCGGAAGCCUUCGCGUAUACCUUCGAGACGGCUGGACUGGGUUUGACUUGGUACAAAUUACCUGCGUGUGGCUUCUGUUGGUCGCCGAAAUAGUCGAGUUCGUAUCUCCAGGUACUGCCUACCUGCCUGUAUUGCUACCUGAAUUGAAGCAUUUUUCAAAUACAUUUUUAGGAUUCGAAUACAGUGAUUUUACUCUUGUCGUACAGCAAGAAUCGUUAUACAAUUAUCAGAUUCGACGAAAGUACAAUUUUCGCAUCACGUUGAUGAGCAUCGUGGGACCACAGAUUUUUGUAAAAUGGAUUCAAUUUGCGCGAGGCACAAAAGCGUUGGGGCCAUUUGUUCGUAUGAUUGCGAAAAUGUUUUCCGAUAUUUUUGUAUUCGUCAUGGUGUUUUGCGUGUUCCUAGGAGGAUUUGCGUUUGCAUUUUUUAUAUUGCAGCUGGAAGGAUGCAAAAGCUAUUUUUCAGCUGUCACCACAACAUUCAGCAUCAGUCUUGGAUCGUGGGAUUGGGACAGCAUCUACGAAGGUGGUAUACUUGCAAUCUUCUUCUUCGUUGCAUUUGUGGUCAUUGGCACCAUCAUGCUACUAAAUCUAUUGAUCGCGAUGAUGGGUAAUACUUAUGACAAAAUUUGGGAAGACCGCUUACUUUUUUUUGAGCUGGAGCGGGCUAAAGCAACACUUUCCAUUCAAAUGUCUCUCGAUAAUGACGUGUAUGAUGAGAAGCACUGGUGUUCACGACUGUACGUGCUUGAAGGGGACACCCCUAUCGAGGGUAUUCAAUUUCACCGCUUGUAA